GUGAGCGUGAGGUUGUCGUGCUCGUCUUUGCGUCGCGUGUUUGUUAUUGUUUCCUCUUAGUGACAACUAAACUCGAAGAAGUACGUGCACUGAUAAGUCAGCGUGGCAACUUUUGAUGUAACAUACUGUCGUUUACGGUGGCAAAGGAAUAUGUUUUUUACUGCCUGAGCGACAAAGUAUAAAAAUGGAAAAGACUUGGCCAGUGGAAUUCAGGAACAUAAGCUGCAGUUAUUUUCCUGAAAGCAGAAUUGAUUGCCACUACACCGUGAGCUCACAACACACCUGGGCCAGUGCGGACUGGAUAGGGCUUUUUAAGGUUGGGUGGUCUUCUGUGAAAGCCUAUCACACAUUUGUUUGGGCCCUUGCUCCAAGUGACUUUGAGGAAGGCACAGAGUUCAACUGCUGUGUACAAUUCCAGGCUUCAUAUUUGCCCUGUGCUAGCCCUACACAGUAUGAGUUUGUAUACAUCGAUGCCAAGGGUGAGGUGCGCUCCCGCAGCUCCUCUUUCACUUUUUCUGCCCCAAAACCAUUGGAAGAUCUAGUGACCCUUGAGGAAGAGUCUCAUGGAGAGGAAGCAGGAAAUGACAUGCUGCUAGUUGUACCCAGGGCUGAACUCUUGCAGAGUCACUUGCAAGAAUGUCUGCAGGAGCGCACAGAGCUGCUACAGCUCCAGAAAGCAACAAACAAGUUGAGAGAACAAGAAAAAGAGGAGUAUAAAAAGGCACAGCAGUCCUGGGACAGGCAAAGCAGUAAUUAUGAGAUGGAAAUUGAUAGAUUACAAAAGGAGCUAAAGCAUGCACAAGACAAAAUUGACAAGAUGAAGGAACUGCAAAAGAAGGAGACUGCUUUGGGAGAAUCUCUGCUUCAGGAGAAAUGUGCUUUAUUGGAGGCAAAAGAACUGUGUGAGCAGCGGAUCAGAGAGCUGGAGGAGGACAUCAAAAUCAUGUCAGAGAAGACCAUGGAAAGAGACAAUGAAUUAGACAGAAUGAAACGAGCAAGGAGAGCAGGAGUUCAAAAAAAAGAAGAAGAGAGUGAGAAGCUAAACCUUCAGAUCAAGUUGGAACAGGCUGAAGCGGAGCUUCGAAGUCUGUCCAAAGAGUUCCAGAGCCUACGAAACUCACUGGCCCAAAGGGACACUAGUAUUCUUCAGCUUCAAAAUACCAUCUCUACCCUCACCCAAAAGCUCACAAUUGCCCACAGAAAAGAGGCGGAGAAUGAGGCAGCAAUGAAGAAGAUGCGAACCUUACGUGACUGUCUGAGUGUGAGUGAGCACACAGCCGAGGGGCUGAGGAAUGACUUGAGUGCCAUGGUGACGCAGAGAGACCAGGGCCAGGCAGAGCUGCACCAAGCUCGUCUGCAGGCAGCACAGCUGACUCUGCAGCUGGCUGAUUCCACUCUGGCCCUGAGAGAAGGGAGAGCCCAAUGGGCACAGGAGAAGCAAGGGCUACAACAAAGUACUGAGAAGUAUCAUGAACUAAUUGAAAAACUACAUGAAGAAAUUCAGAAGUUGGAAGAGACCGUGCAGGAGGAGAAAUUGGAGAGAGUAAAGCUGGAAGUUGAGCUUGGACGAGAAAAAGACUGCAACAGGGUCCAACUCAAUGAAACUCGCAGAGAGCUACAGGAGCUGAAGACCAGUCUGAGGGUCACACGAAAAGAGAAAGAACAACUACAAGCAGAGAAAAACGAGUUGAUGAAGUACAUCUGUCAGCUGGAGCACAAGAUGGGAGCAGUGACCACAGUGACCGGUGCCAAGUGGAGCGCUUCCCUGCUGUCCUCUGUCGCCAUGCAUUCAUUAUCUGAUUCUGAUGAGGAUGAGAGCCCUGAGGCCUUCCAGUCUGUCAGUGCCCCUCUUGGACACUACAGUCUGUGUGAGCAUAGCCAGCCUGAGUCGCUACUCUUGGUUACCCCUCCACAGUCGCCACGGGAUACUGAGAGGAGUGCAGUUGUCAUCAACCAGCCAGCACCUCUCAGCUACCCCCACCAAACCAGCUCUGACACUCUAGCUCACAGCUCAGAUUCGGAGGAGGAGACUGAUAGACUGCAGUAUCUAAGACGAAGUUCUGAAGAGGAAAGGGCUCUUCUGCUGCCUGAUCAUGCAGACAUUGUUCUCAGUGAUCUGGCUGACACUGCGCUUUGGUAACCAGUGGUUACAACACUGAUGAAAGGGACAACUUUUCGGAUUAAUCCUUGUAACCAGCAUUAUCCAUUUUAUUCACUGCUUCUACAGUGACCCUUCUUUAUGCCUAGUCGUCUUAUUGCCUUUGUUGUUCAUUGUUAAAAUGACAUUAUGUUCAUAAUGGCAAGUCAACACCAUAUUUCUGGUGAGAACAGUUUUUUAAACUGUGAGCUUUUAGUGAGGGAUUCUGGCAAUUCACAGAUCACUGUAGCAAAUAAUUUUUGUUGAAUCAUUGCAGAGGCAAAAGCUUUAUGAUGUAUGUUGUGUUGUUUUUAUGAUUUUUGUGAUUAGAAGUCACAACAGGCUGUGUAAUUAUUAUGAUUAUGAUGUUUUGUUCAGUUUCUUCUGUUGAAAUCAGAGCCUUUACUGCAUUGUUUGUCUGCUUUAAUCUCUUUUUCCUGUAUUUGCAGCUAUACAAAUCUAUGGAGAGCAAUUUGUGCUACUGAGAAAGGGAGAACUAGGUGGAUUAUUAUUAUUAUUAUUAUUAUUAUUAUAAUAAAUAUAGUAGUAUUGAAUGUUUCCAGGGUAGUCAUUUGACACCAUGAACAUGGAUGAGUGAGGGAUUACCUCAGCAGGUGUCUAUGAAGAUAAUACUUCUACAUAUUUUUUACUUUUUAAUCAUUAAAUUAUUAUCAUCUUGAUUGCUUUAUUAAAAUAAUGCAAUAGAGAAAUCAAUAUUUACAUAAUAUUUCUAAAGUUGUGCCUCAAAAUUACACUUGUAUUUACGUGAACUUUAUUAAUUGCCUAAGACAAUGUUUACCUUUAUUCUAUACUGCAUACAAUUUAAUAUGAUUUUCUAAACCAAUAGCAUAUGAAGUUGCAAUAAACUGGUCCUGAGUUUUGUAUUUUUCUUAAAAAAAAAAAAACAAAAAAACAUUAUAAUUAAUAAUAACUUUCAUUUCAUACUAUUAUUAUUUCUGGGUUAAAAGAGUGGUUGCUGCUUGACAGAUGUUAGCUUUCACAUAUUAUCGGAAGCAUUUCUUGUGUGUCUACUUUAUGCAUGUUUUUCUUUCCUGAGUUUUUUUAUUCUUUAGAUAAUUUUGGUAAUUGUAUUUACAUUUAACACUAAUGUUUUCAUGUGACACUUCACGUGUCUCAUUUAUUUGUGUUUAGUGUUGGGUUUACGUCCCGAGGAAGUUGUUAUUUUUGUGGUGCCACUAAGGGCUCUCUGCCAGCACACACUGCAAUAAAGCACCAGUGGUUACGGUUUAUUUUGAGGUUUUGUGUGUCAAGGUUACUUGUAUUUUCUUAUAAGGCGUGUAACAGGGUGUGGCCAGGGCUCUAAAUAAUAAAAUGGUUUAUGUAUUCCAA